UCGAGGAGCAUAUUUCACUAAGGAGAAGGAAAUAAUUAGGUAUUUUAGUAACAUAAAUCAUGAUUUCUGAUUUCGCCAAAGAAAAAGUGUUUUGGACCGAAAAGAUGAACCUCAAGCUGGUUAAAUUUAUUGAGAGGAGACCUCAUAUUUGGAAUCCUAAACAUCCUAAAUACACUUCUGCGGCAAUAAGAGAUCGGACUUACGCAGAGUUUGCAGAAAAAUAUGGCAACGAAUUUACUGGACAGGCCGUGAAAGACAGGUGGACUAAUAUACGGUCAACAUUUGCGAAUUAUUUACGAAAGAUUAAGAAUGGUAAAACCAAAACAAAUGGAGAAGAAUAUAAAGUAAACUGGCAUUUGUGGGAUGCCUGCCAGUUCCUAUUAACUGUUAAUAAAGGGUUAAAACAUGAAUAUGUGGAUGAAGCUUGUGAAGAUGAAGUAACUGAAAAUAAUGACUUCCUUUUCCGAGAUUGUGACAGCUUUGAACAAGAUACUUGCAAUAACAUAGCACAAAAUCUAGUGACAAUUUUAAAAGGUGUACAAAAUGAUGCAUUCGGCUUGGAUAAUACAGAAUAUGAUGAAAUAGGACGGACAGUAACUAGAAAAUUAAGUGAGAUGAACUCAUGGCAAGCCUCACAGGCUAUACAUAAAAUAACUGGUAUUUUGUUAUUGUACGAUCCAAAUAAUCCUCUGAACCCUAAUAAUUUUAAAUUAGAAUCUAUGUGAUAUUAUGUUGCGGCUUUAGGUAAAUUGGCAAUAUAAUAUUUUACUUUGUAUUUUAGGCAUAUACCUCUACCCAAACAAGCCCUUUGGCUUGUCUGGGUAGGUAAGAAUCUUUAUUCUUGGCAAUAGAUAGACAAAAAGUAAAAUGGUAAAGAUUAUAAUAAUCUAUAUCUGUAUUUUAAAAAGGUAAAUACGACUCCAAAAUUGUACAUAAUAGAGAAUUAAAACAAGGGCAAGGGCCCGAGCGUCACGAGUUUCCCCAUAC